ACUGCAUAUUAGAAAACUGGUAAUACUGCAUAUUAGAAAAUUGGUAAUACUUGUAUUACUGUUCUUCAUCUAAAUAUAUGUUUUUUUUAUUCUGUAGCUUCUUGCAUUCGAGGCAAUCCCACUGUUGAGGGAGACAUUCAUUGAGGACAUUGCAGGUGCAGAUGAGAGAUGUCCUAAGAUGUGCAAGGUGAAAUUCAAGAAGAACCAUUUGAAAGGCAUUCCUCUUGAUAAUAUUAAUCAUGAAUUGGGUACAACUCAGGUCAUUGAUUGUAUCGUCUCACCUAGAAUUGAAGAGCACGCACUUAUGAGCGCAAUCACGGAAGAAGAACACGACGUUGACAUGGCUGAUCCGGUGGUGGAAAGUUGGUUGAAGCGUCAUAAAGAGGGCCGUCUAAUCAGGUUUGAAGAGUUGUACCAACAGGAUCUACAGGUAAGAGGAAUCAUCACAGGACCAGAGAUUGCGGGUGGUGACGAUAUUCCCGUAGUAGAUGGACAAGAACUCCUGAGUUUGGCUGCUGUGGUUGGGAUGAUUCAAGACAUGCAAGUUGAAAUGACAGAUCAGCUGAAUGAAAUCUUAGUAAUGAUUUCAUCGUUGGAUGAUACAUUUAUCUCGUUGGAUGAAAGAGUUAAAUCGUUGGAAACAUUCAGGGAGGCGCAGAAAGCAGAGAAGAGAAAGGUACGAUUUGUAAUACUGGUAUAACUGAGUAAUACUGGUAUAACUGAGUAAUACUGGAAUUACUGUGAUAUAACUUUGUUCAAUGGCAGGAUCAAGAAGAGAAGAAUCAAGAGAAGGAUGGUGACCCGAAAGAGAUAACCCAAGAGAAGGAUGGUGACCCAAAAGAUAUUACCCAAGAGAAGGAUGGUGACCCACAAGUCACAAAGAUGACGACUCGGAGCAAGAGACAGCUUGGUUGACUGAU